GGAACCGGCGGCGUGGGUCUGCUGUAUCUUUUGUCUGUUAAAAGUUAUUUCUAAAUAAAGAAGAAUGACUGAACGAAAAGGAACAGCCAAGCUUGACUUCUUGAGGAAGAUCGAGGUAGAGGUCCAGCAGAAAUGGGAAAAAGAGAAAGCCUUUGAACAUGAUGCACAAGCCUCGCCCGAGGAGUAUAAAAAUAAGAACAAAUACCUUGUGACCUUCCCUUACCCGUACAUGAAUGGAAGGCUUCAUCUUGGUCACACCUUCUGUCUCUCCAAGUGUGAGUUUGCCAUGGGGUAUCAGCGUUUGAAAGGGAAGCAUUGCCUUUUCCCAUUUGGACUGCAUUGUACUGGAAUGCCCAUUAAAGCUUGUGCCGAUAAGCUUAAGCGUGAGAUGGAGCUCUAUGGAAUGCCGCCCCAGUUCCCAGAUGAGGAAGAGGAGGAAGCUGUAGAGAAGGCCAAGGCCACUGAUGAGAUUAUCAUCAAGGACAAGGCAAAGGGCAAGAAGAGCAAAGCAGCUGCCAAAGCCGGAGCCUCCAAGUUCCAGUGGGACAUCAUGAAGUCACUGGGCCUGAAGGAUGAGGAGAUAGUGAAGUUUGCUAAUGCUGAGCACUGGCUGGACUACUUUCCUCCGCUGGCAGUGGAAGAUCUGAAGAAAAUGGGCGUGAAGGUGGACUGGCGUCGUUCUUUCAUUACCACCGAUGUGAACCCGUACUACGACUCCUUUGUGCGAUGGCAGUUUGUCACUUUGAAAGAAAGGAAAAAGAUCAAGUUUGGAAAAAGGUACACCAUUUAUUCUCCGAAGGAUGGACAGCCGUGCAUGGACCAUGACAGACAGACUGGCGAGGGAGUUGGACCUCAAGAGUACACUCUGAUCAAGAUGAAAAUGCUUGAACCCUACCCAGCAAAACUAAGCACUCUAAAAGAAAAGAAGGUGUUUCUGGUGGCGGCUACUCUGAGGCCGGAAACCAUGUUUGGCCAGACGAAUUGCUGGAUCAGGCCUGAUAUGAAGUACAUUGCCUUCGAGACAGCUAGCGGAGACGUGUUCAUCAGCACUCAGAGAGCAGCCAGGAACAUGUCUUACCAGGGCUUCACUAAGGAGAAUGGAAUGGUGCCAGUAGUCAUGCAGCUCAUGGGCCAGGACAUUCUUGGUUGUGCUCUGAAUGCCCCCCUCACCUCAUACAAGACCAUCUAUGCCCUGCCAAUGCUCACCAUCAAGGAAGACAAAGGUACUGGAGUUGUUACCAGUGUACCAUCUGAUGCUCCUGAUGACAUUGCAGCAUUAAGAGACAUCAAAAAGAAACAGGCACUGAGAGAGAAGUAUGGAAUUCAAGAUCACAUGGUCCUUCCAUUUGAACCAGUGCCCAUCAUUGAGAUCCCAGGCUAUGGAAAUCUGUCAGCUCCUCUUGUGUGUGACGAGCUGAAGAUCCAGAGCCAGAACGACCGAGACAAACUGGCCGAGGCCAAAGAGAAGGUCUACCUCAAAGGCUUCUAUGAAGGGAUUAUGUUGGUUGAAGGUUUUAAGGGACAAAAAGUUCAGGAUGUGAAGAAGCCCAUUCAGAAGAUGAUGGUGGAAAAGGGUGAUGCUUUGAUUUACAUGGAGCCGGAGAAGCAAGUGAUGUCUCGCUCGGCUGACGAGUGUGUGGUGGCUCUCUGUGACCAGUGGUACCUGGAUUACGGAGACAAAGAGUGGAAGCAGCAGGCCAUGAACGUUCUAGAGUCUCUGGAGACAUUCUGUGAUGAAACAAGGAAAAACUUUGAGGCAACAUUAGCUUGGCUGCAAGAGCACGCUUGUUCCAGAACCUACGGUCUAGGAACAAGGUUGCCAUGGGACGAACAGUGGCUGAUCGAGUCCCUGUCAGACUCCACCAUCUACAUGGCCUUCUACACUGUAGCCCAUCUUCUCCAGGGAGGUGUCCUCAAUGGACAGGGACCCUCACCUUUGGGAAUAAGACCAGAGCAGAUGACCAGGGAGGUGUGGGACUUCAUCUUCUUCAAAUCAGCUCCAUUUCCCAAAACGAACAUCCCCAAGGAGCACCUACAGAGGCUGAGGAGAGAGUUUGAAUUCUGGUAUCCUGUAGAUGCCCGUGUCUCUGGAAAAGAUUUGGUGCCAAACCAUCUCUCCUACUACCUCUACAACCAUGUUGCCAUGUGGCCUGAGGACAGUGAGAAGUGGCCAAGAGCAGUUCGUGCCAAUGGACAUCUCCUGUUAAACUCUGAGAAGAUGUCCAAAUCCACCGGCAACUUCCUCACCUUGAGCCAAGCUAUUGAUAAGUUUUCCGCAGAUGGUAUGCGUUUGGCCUUAGCUGAUGCAGGAGACACAGUAGAAGAUGCUAACUUUGUGGAGGCCAUGGCCGACGCUGGAAUUCUGCGCCUCUACACUUGGGUGGAAUGGGUGAAGGAGAUCAUCGCCAACCAGAAUAAUUUAAGAACCGGGCCUGUUAACACAUUUAAUGACCGCGUGUUUGCCAGUGAAAUGAAUUUGGGCAUCAUUAAGACAGAGCAACACUAUCAGAGGAUGAUGUACAAGGAGGCUCUAAAGUCCGGCUUCUUCGAGUUCCAAGCUGCCAAGGAUAAGUACAGGGAGCUGGCCAUCGAGGGCAUGCAUAGAGACUUAGUGUUCCAGUUUAUCGAGAACCAGACCCUCUUGCUUACUCCCAUCUGUCCUCAUCUGUGUGAACACAUAUGGACCCUGCUGGGAAAAAGUGAAUCAUUGAUGAAGGCUAGCUGGCCAGCGGCUGGUCCAGUGGACGAGAUUCUGAUCCGGUCCUCCCAGUACCUAAUGGAGACCGCCCAUGACUUGCGCCUUCGCCUUAAAGCCUACUUGCAGCCUCCCAAAAACAAGAAAGGAGACAACAAACCUCCAGUCAAGCCCUCUCACUGCACAGUGUACGUGGCAAAGAAUUACCCACCAUGGCAGCACAGUGCUCUCUCCCUCCUAGGCAAACACUACAAGAGCAACAAUGGAACUCUUCCUGACAACAAGGUAAUCGCUAUGGAGCUGGGCAACAUGCCAGAGCUGAAGAAGUACAUGAAGCGGGUCAUGCCAUUUGUAGCCAUGAUCAAGGACAAUCUGGAGAAGAAGGGACCGAGGGUGCUGGAGCUGGAGUUGGAGUUUGAUGAGCGAGCAGUUUUGCUGGAGAACAUUGUUUAUCUGACCAACUGUCUCGAGCUGGAUCAGAUAGACAUUCUGUUUGCCUCCGAGGCAGACGACAAAGUGAAAGAGGACUGUUGCCCAGGGAAACCGUACAGUGUGUUCAGAUCAGAGCCUGGAGUGUCAGUAACCGCAGUAAAUCCUCAACCAUUCAACGGCCUCUUUUCCACUCGAGUCGACAUCCGGCAGGGAGACUCCAAAGACAGCAUCAUCCGCAGACUGUCCAAAGUCAACCGAGGCAUUAAGGAACUCUUUUCUCGUUCAGACUUAUCCAAAGUGAAGCUGAUGCGCUUUGAGGACCCGGUUCUUGGCCCCCGCAGAGUCCCUGUUCUGGGUAAAGAAGAACAGGGAAAACUGCCCAUCUCAGACAAGUGUGUGUUUCACAUCAACCUGGAGGAAAAGAAGGUCCAUGUAAGCAACAACGGCAUCAAGGUGGACAUCGGAGACACUCUCGUUUACCUGGUCCAAUAAAAUCUGAGACAGUUCAUGAGAUAAAACAUACAUUUUUUAAAAACAUGGUAACAGAUGUUGUAGUAUUGGCUAGCAUUGAGUCAUGAAGUGCAGUGCUAAUGCUGAACAGUUGAGCAAUAAAACCAUUCUUAAAAGUUUAGAUUAAGGGUCAGUAAUUUUCAGAACAGGAUUUGAUGUAUUCAUGUUUAACUGUGAAUGUUCAUGUCAUUCAGAAUAUUUUAUUAAAUCUGCUUCAGUGUG